AUGGCUCGUUUGGAGAACGUGGCUGGAACGAUCGAAACCUCGGCUAACCUUACCCUCACCGCUCCAGUACAGAAGGGUAAGGCACCCGAUUUCGCCACGAAGCUCAACGACCUACGUAUCGCUCAGAAUGCCCCGGCUGUAUUCACAUGUACCAUUAUUGGUGAACCAAAGCCAACUGUGAACUGGUUUAAGGACGGACAACCAUUGCCAAAUAUCGGACGAUUCCAAGCCACCGAAACCGACGGACAGUACAGGCUUUCAAUUUCAAACAUUCUGCCUCAAGAUGUGGGAGUUUAUGAAUGCGUCGCUAAGAACCCUGCCGGCGAAGCGAGGUGUAAAGCUCGACUGAACGUGAACCUGACCCAGACCGGUAAAGGAUCUGAGGAAGGGCCACGAUACGAGGCACCUCGAUUUACCACUCAAAUUCAGCCGCUGAUUGUUGAUGAGGGCAAGUCAGCCACGUUCACUGCGAAAUUCAUCGGAUUCCCAGCGCCGGCUAUCCGAUGGUACCGUAACAACGAGCCGAUCAAGCGAUCAGCUGGUCACGAGCUUUUGGUAUUCAGAUCACCCAGACGUAAAGACGAAGCCAAGCUCACAAUCACUGCCGUUCAACAGGAAGACGUCGCCGAGUACAAGGUUGAGGCCAGUAAUCCAGCUGGUAAAGCAUCAUCGGUGGCGAACCUCGUGCUCACUCGUCACACCGUCAAAUUCGCCUGCGACAUAGAUGGUAAUCCCAUGCCCACGGCCGAAUGGCUGUACAACGGAAAACCUCUGGCUGCAUCAAAAGAUAUC